AUGCGACAGGCACAGCUUUCUGGUGAUACUGGCAUAGCUUUGCUACUGGACCAAGAAAAUGCCUAUGAUAGAGUGCACUCUGCCUAUCUUCGCCUUGUGCUGUCACACAUGGGUGUUCUGAUGGUGUUUGUCAAUACAGUAUGUGAGUUGUUCUUCUCUACUUGCAUAUAUGUCAACAUCAAUGAUAACAUAUCUUCUCUAUUCUCACAGGGCCAAGAAUUGCGUCAAGACACUCUCCUUGGCCUCUUGACUACUUUUGGUCUGGCCUCUAAUGCCAAAAUCAAUCUGGGGAAGACAGUAGCUGUCACAUUGUCUGGACACUUUGUGCCUGACUGGGAUCCCACCCUCGAUACUGCAAAUAUUUGCUGCAGACAUGAUUGUAAUCAGGCAGAAGCAUUAGAGGCAUUCUGGAUGGGUCUGUUGAGAAAACUAGAGCAUCAAUGUCAAAUGAUGGUUGAACGUCAACUCUCUAUUUGUGGCAAAGACAUAGUGACCAACUCCCUCUUGCUCAGCUCUAUCUGGCAUUGCGUAUAUUUCACAUCUGCUCAUAUGUCUUUCUUUGUCUCUGUCCGCUCUGUCAUUCGGUCAUAUCUUGCUCUGGGCUUUGGAUCUGCCAGCUGGGAAAAACUUUCUAGCCUUGGUAUCCUGUUUCCUGGCCCUGCUGCCUCCUGCCCAUUGUCAUUGCUCUAUCUUUAUUGCACCUGCUCACAUAUUUUGCCUAUGGUCAUGCCGCACGAAAUGUCCUUCCCCUCUAGUUUUGUGCUCCACUUUCCCCUUGGUGCUAUAUUCCAUACCACCAAUACCACUGACAAGGCCCCAGUGCUGAAAGGUGUCAAGGUUUUAAAUGCUUUCAAACUAUCACAGAAUGGUGUGAUUCUCAGACGUCUAUAUCAUGACUUCCCUAAGGCUCAAAACUGGAUAUAUCACCUAUCUCAGACUAUUGAUGCUAGAUGCCUGCAGCUACAUUUAUGUCUAAGUUACUAUGGGUGCUUUUCGAAGACAUAUGGCUCUUCUGGUAAAGACCACCAAUUGGACCCCUGCCUGCUGGAAGAGUUUCUGGUGUCAAACCAUCCCAUACCACUGUCGGAACGUUUGGUGGAAAGCAUUAUGAAACUGCAUUCUGGCCCAUGCCCGCAUCCACUACAUCAUCCCUACCAAAGUGUUGUCUACUGUUUGCUAACUGUGUUCUGCCCCCGUAGAGGACCCCAUACACUUUUUCUUUUCCUGUCCGCCCAAAUCCCAUGUUUAGAAUAUCAUAACUUCAUCUUCAACGAAUCUCCGUUCUUGGCUGGUGUGGUUGCGGAAAAAGUGUCAAGUGCAAUGGCCCAUAAUUUGGCAAUGAAGACAUCACACAUUGCAUAA